AUGAAACGUUUUGCUCUUGGUGAUGGUGAUGUACCAGUGGUAGUGGACCUAGUGUCUGAUGGGGAAGAGGAGAGGGUUCGGCCUGAGAGUGUUGAGUGCGACUGGUCGGAUGCGGAGACAGUGGUUGACGAGACCCUGCCUCCCCGGGUGGAUCGACGUGAAGAUGCCAUGACUCCUCCACUCCUGAUGGAGGUCAACGAGGGUGCUGAGGACGUUAUGGAAAGUGAAGAAGAGGAAGAGGAUAAUGACAUGAAUGAGGACAGUGAUGAAAGUGAAGAGUCGAGUGAAGAAGAGGAUGCAAGUGAAGAAAAAGAUGCGAGUGAGGAAGAGGAUGUGGUGAAUGACGGUGAAGGUGUGACCGUUGAUGGUGUUGAGGAGAUGGCAGUUGCUGCGGACGACGGUGAUCUGUCUUCCGGGUCGGAGGACGAUGAUGACAUCUUCGUCGUGUCCGAGUCAUCCGACGACUCGGGUUUCAGAUCCGGGUUCCAGGGGUCAACUGUAGACUGGGUGGACGAGGUGGAAUACGAUGGCGUUUCCAGCAGUGGUGAUGAGACAGCCUCGUCCGGAACAGCGUUAAUAUGCAGUGAGAGAAAACUCCAAUGA